AUGUCUGAUUCCGCCAGCUACAAGCAGCGAAAGGAGGACUUUGUGUCCAACCUCUCAGGCGGCUCCGUCGCAGAGAUCAACUAUGUCACAUCUGUUGCCGCUGUCGCCAUAAUCCUCUGGUCCGUCCUCCAAGCCCGCCAGUCCUUCUUUGAACAGUAUACCGUCCUCGCUUUUGCCGUCGAUUUCCUCCUCAAUGUCGGCGCCAUCCUCCUCUCCACGACGCUAUACGCGGGCACACCGGUUCUGCUCAACCUCCUCCUGAUUGUGCCCGCCAUUCUCAUCUUUACGCUCCCGCCGAACUCGAUCAACCGAAAGAAGAAGCCCAAGGUCCCGCCUAAUGCGCGGUCCAAGGGUAGCUCGGGACAGCUCGACGUCCUCUCGACCAAGCCGUUCCUGACAAACUUCCGGGGCUGCAUGAUGAUUGUCACCUGCGUCGCAAUCCUGGCUGUCGACUUCCGUUUGUUCCCCAGGCGGUUUGCCAAAGUUGAGACGUGGGGCACAUCCCUGAUGGAUCUGGGUGUUGGAUCCUUUGUCUUCUCAGGAGGUCUCGUCGCAGCUCGUCCCGUGCUGCGGGAGAAAGCUGUAGGCCGCACUACAGGACGGGCGACGCCCCUCAUCCACCGAAUUAUUCACUCGAUGCGCCAUUCCAUCCCGUUAUUGGUUCUGGGUGUGAUCCGACUGCUUAGUGUCAAGGGCCUGGACUACGCCGAACAUGUCACAGAGUAUGGUGUGCACUGGAACUUCUUCUUCACGCUUGGUUUCCUGCCUCCAUUUGUUGCCAUCUUCCAAGCAGCCCUCAGAUGGGUCCCUUCCUUUGCUGCCUUGUCGCUGCUGGUCGGUAUCACUUAUCAGAUUUUGCUUGAAACUACCAACCUGAAAGCCUACGUUCUCACUGCGCCAAGGACAGACCUGAUUUCCAUGAAUCGGGAGGGCAUCUUCAGCUUCAUUGGAUAUCUUGCCAUCUUCCUUGCCGGCCAGGAUACGGGCAUGUUCGUCAUCCCCCGAAACAUCCCCCCGAGAAGCACCGCCAGCCCAGGGGCUCAGAGGAACACACUCCUGAUGACCAUGGCUGUUUGGGGAGGUGUCUGGACAGGACUCUACUUGCUUUCCACAAACUACCAUUACGGAUUUGGCCUAACGGUCUCACGACGUCUGGCGAACCUUCCCUACGUCCUUUGGGUUGUUGCGUUCAACACUCUGCAACUCCUUGGAUUUGCCAUUGUUGACACCGUUUUCUUCCCUGCCUUCUAUAAUGCGCAAGAUGCCAAGAGCGAGAAGGAGGCCUAUGAAAAGGCCACUAGCCGCGUGAUACGAGCCUAUAACCGCAACGGUCUGGCUGUUUUCUUGCUGGCUAACCUCCUGACUGGCUUGGUCAACAUGACUGUCAAGACACUGGAUGCUAGUCCGGCUGCCACCAUUGGCAUUUUGGUGGCGUACAUGUCAACUAUCACCGGCGUUGCUUUGGCAUUGGACGCCUACAACAUCAAUAUCAAGCUUUGA